CUUGCGUCUGUCAGGAGCAGCCAGUUUGACUGUUGCGUUUCAGCGACUACCAUGGAUUGUAAUUAUAUACUUUUCAAUGCAAAUGUUGAGGGAAUCAAAGUUUUUCUACACUGAGGUUUGUCACACCUUGGUCUGCCGCAAUGAACUCAGGCAGCAAGAUCCUUCUGCUGCUGUGGAAGAAUUGGACACUCCGCAAGAGACAAAAGAUUCGCUUCAUGGUUGAGAUUUUGUGGCCUGUGGUUUUAUUCUUUGGACUAGUGUGGCUACGAAAAGCCAAUCCCCUGUAUCGCCAACAUGAAUGUCAUUUUCCCAGCAAAGCUAUGCCCUCUACAGGAAUCCUGCCUUGGAUCCAAGGAAUUUUCUGCAAUGCUAAUAACCCAUGUUUUCGCUACCAAACUCGAGGAGAGUCACCUGGAGUCGUAUCAAACUACAACAACUCCAUACUGGCGCGGUUCUACGCUGACUCUCAGGAACUCCUCUUUAAUGACACUGAGUUUAAUCAGCUUGGUCGUCUAUGGCGUGAAGCCUCCAUAAUGAGCAACUUCAUGGAGACUCUACGCACCAACCCUGAACUGGUGGCAGGUAAAGGGCUGAAAGUUGAGUACAUUCUAAAGGAUGAUGAGGGUCUGACGUCAUUCCUACUGAGGGAUGCUGGACUUUCACAGAGUGUGGUAGAUGAUCUCACAAAUGCAGAAGUGCGAGUGGAGCAAUUUGCAUAUGGAGUCCCAGAUCUAACUCUGAAGCAGAUUGCCUGUAGUCAGGCUCUCCUGGAGCGAUUCCUCAUCUUCCCCAGCCGCAGAGGGCUAUACGGUGUCCGUAACGCAAUGUGUGCCCUUUCUCAGCAGAGGCUGCAGCAGAUCGAGGAUGUGCUCUAUGCCAACAUAGACUUCUUCAAACUCUUCCGGCUGUUGCCGAUGGUGCUUGAUAGCCACACGUCUGGAAUAGACCUGCACUUCUGGGGUCGAGUGCUUUCAGCAGUAUCUGACAAACUUCAGGAGCUUGCAGAGAGGCAGAGCUUCAAAGACCUGAUGCGGGUCAUGUACUCCAUCUUUCAACCAGGAGGUCCCUCUUCCAUCAGUCAGCUGAUGUCCACUGUGUCAGAUCUUUUCUGUGGCUAUCCUGAGGGUGAGGGCAACCGGGUCUCCUCUUUUAACUGGUACGAAGACAACAACUACAAGGCUUUCCUUGGCAUCAACAACUCCAGAGGCCACAGCAGCUACAUUUAUGAUAGGACCGCAACUCCAUUCUGUAAUGCAUUGAUGGAGAAUCUGGAGUCGAACCCUGUUACGAAAAUUAUGUGGAAUACAGUGAAACCUCUGCUGAUGGGAAAGAUAUUGUACACCCCAGACUCCCCUGCUGUCAGAAAGAUACUAAAGAGUGCCAACACUACUUUUGAAGAGCUGGAGAGGUUGCAGAAAAUAGGGAAGGUCUGGGAGGAGGUUGUACCCCAGCUGUGGCAGUUCUUCCAAAGCAGUGUCCAAAUGAAUAUGAUACGGGACACACUUAGAAACCCCACAGUGAUGGACUUCUUGGACAGACGUCUUAAAGACACAGAUUUCACUACAAAAGACAUCCUCAAUUUCCUGCACAAUGGCCCAGAGGAUGACAGAUAUAUGAACACAUCAAACUUUGAUUGGAGAAACGUCUUCAACCUGACAGAUCAGACAAUACGAAUGUUCAACCAGUACAGUGAGUGUAUAAGCCUGGAUAAGUUUGUGGGUCACAUGGAUGAGAAUCUGAUGACCCAUCAAGCUCUGCACCUGCUGGAGGAGAAUAAGUUUUGGGCAGGCCUGGUCUUCGUGGACAUGUACCCCUGGACCACAGACCUGCCACAUCACGUCAAGUUCAAGAUCAGAAUGGACAUUGAUGCAGUGGAACGUACCAACAAAAUCAAAGACAGGUACUGGGACCCUGGCCCCCGGGCGGACCCUGUGGAAGACCUGCGCUACAUCUGGGGAGGUUUUGCCUACCUGCAGGACAUGAUUGAGCAUGGCAUCCUCAGGUUACAGACAGGUCAUGACUGGCCAUUGGGUGUUUACCUGCAGCAAAUGCCCUACCCAUGCUAUGUGGACGACAUGUUUAUGCUGACCCUAAACCGCUGUUUCCCCAUCUUUAUGGUGCUUGCCUGGAUCUACUCUGUGUCCAUGGUGGUGAAGAGCAUUGUGCUGGAGAAGGAGAUGAGGCUGAAGGAGACUCUGAAGGCCAUGGGUGUCUCUAAUGGUGUGAUUUGGUACACCUGGUUCAUUGACAGCUUCCUCAUGAUGGCUGUCAGCACUGCUCUACUGACUGGCAUUAUCAUGGUCGGCAAGGUGCUCAAUUACAGCAAUCCAAUCAUUCUUUUCCUGUUCCUCUUGACAUUCACUGUGGCCACUAUCAUGCAGUGUUUUCUGUUGAGCGUGUUCUUCAACAAGGCCAAUCUGGCUGCAGCCUGCAGUGGCAUCAUCUACUUCACUCUCUACCUCCCUCACAUUUUCUGCUUUGCCUGGCAGGACCGUAUUACAAAGAACAUGAAAAUAGCUGUGAGCUUGCUUUCUCCAGUGGCCUUUGGAUUUGGUACGGAGUAUCUGUCCCGUUAUGAGGAGCAAGGUCUGGGUCUCCAAUGGGACAAUAUUGGUACAAGCCCUCUUGAGGGUGAUGAGUACUCCUUCUUCACUUCUAUUCACAUGAUGCUGUUUGAUGCAGUUCUCUACGGUUUUUUGGCUUGGUAUCUCGACAACGUCUUUCCAGGCCAGUAUGGCAUCAGUCAGCCAUUUUACUUUCCCCUGCAGCCCUCGUACUGGCUGAAUUUGCCACCGCCAUCCUCAGAAAACCCUAAUACUGAGCAUGAGAAACCUCUGGUAGAUAACAUGGAGAAGCCGGAGGAUGUGGAGUGUGGCCAUUCUCCAGAGCCCAGGGAAUGCAAUGGCUCUCGCAGCAGCAAGCAAUGCAAGCAUAGAGAGAAACGAGAGAGGCUGGAGAAAGAUAGAGAGUGUGAGGAGCAGCAGAAAAUUCUGGAGGAGAAACAGAUUCAAGAAGAGGAGACCCAGCCUGUGCAGACCGGGAAUCCAUUCUUUGAACCGGAGCCAGAGAGUCUGUUAAUAGGGGUUUCAGUGCAGGACUUGGUGAAAGUCUAUUCUAGAAAUUCAAGGCCUGCAGUGGACCAUCUCAACAUGAACUUCUAUGAGGGCCAGAUCACUUCUUUUCUGGGUCACAAUGGGGCAGGGAAGACCACCACCUUGUCUAUACUGACUGGCUUGUUUCCACCCACCUCUGGAACUGCUUACAUAUAUGGGAGAGACAUUCGUACAGAAAUGGACACCAUAAGACAAUCAUUGGGCAUGUGCCCACAGUACAACAUUCUCUUCAACCAUCUGACAGUAGAGGAGCACAUACUCUUCUACUCUCUGCUGAAGGGUCGAGGGGGCAAGGAGGCCGAGCAGGAGGUCAAUGACAUGCUGGAGGACCUGGGAUUGCCUCAUAAAAGAGAUGAGGAAGCACAGAAUCUCUCAGGGGGUAUGCAGAGGAAGCUAUCAGUUGCUAUGGCUUUUGUAGGUGGUUCUAAGGUGGUGAUCUUGGAUGAGCCAACUUCAGGAGUGGACCCCUAUUCCAGACGCUCCAUUUGGGACCUCUUACUAAAGUACCGCACAGAACGCACAGUCAUCUUGUCCACUCAUCACAUGGACGAGGCAGACCUGCUAAGUGACAGAAUUGCCAUCAUCUCUAAAGGUAAACUACACUGCAGCGGCUCUCCUCUCUUCCUGAAGAACUGCUUUGGAGUGGGCUUCUACCUCACGCUGGUGCGUCGCAUGAAAGACCAGCGCAAGAAGGAGAAUGAGUGUGACUGUGCAUCUGAGUGCUCCUGCAACUGCUCAACCUGCACUAGACAUAAAGAAGAGGGUCAGACAAUACAGCCUGAGAGAACUCUGGAUGGGAACGUUGAGAGCAUCACAAGUCUGAUUCACCACCAUGUACCUGAGGCGAAGCUUAUUGAAAUGAUUGGUCAGGAAAUGACCUACCUGCUGCCAAAUAAAGGUUUUAAACAUCGUGCUUACGCAAGUCUUUUCCGAGAACUGGAGGAGACAUUGGGUGACAUGGGCCUCAGUAGUUUUGGCAUAUCCGACACAUCACUGGAGGAGAUCUUUUUGAAGGUUACUGCAGAUGGACAGGCAGCCAACAACCCUGUCACACCUGAGCAAUGGUUGCUACAAAAGAGGAAAAAUGGCAAUGGUUGCUCGAGAGACAGGGAGGCUACGAAUAAUGCUGAUGGAACUGAAGAUGCUAAUGGUGUGGGGAACCCAGCAGAGUCUGACAACAGUGCUGGUAGAGCCUCCAGGCAGGUUAAAGGCUUUACUCUAGUACUCAAGCAGUUCCAUGCUCUUCUGGUUAAGAGAUUGCACCAUGCUACGCGCAGCCACAAAGAUUUCCUUGCACAGAUUGUUUUGCCUGCCAGCUUUGUCCUUAUUGCUUUGAUCUUCACCCUGAUUGUCCCACCUUUUGGGGAGUAUCCCAGUCUGACCCUCACUCCAUGGAUGUAUGGACCACAGAUUAGCUUCUUCAGUAAUGAGCAGCCAUCUCAUCCAAAGAUGAAGCACUUUGUACAGGCGUUGCUGAGUGACCCUGGCAUGGGAGCACAUUGCAUGGUGAAUCAGCCCUUGGAGAACCUCUUUACCUGCUUAAACACAAGCUCUGAUUGGGAAGUUCCUCCAGUGUCUCCUGAGGUCAGCAACAUCUUAUUGAGUCCUGAGUGGCAUGCAAGAAACCCCUCACCUUCCUGUCAGUGCAGUACCGAAACAAAGCUUACCAUGCUACCUGUCUGUCCCGCUGGAGCGGGGGGACUGCCACCACGCCAGAGAAAAGAGCCGACAGGGGACACUUUGCUCGAAAUGACAAACAGAAACAUCUCUGACUAUUUGGUGAAGACUUACCCCAGUCUCAUCAAGACAAGCUUGAAGAGCAAAUAUUGGGUGAAUGAACAAAGGUAUGGUGGACUCUCUGUUGGUGGACAGCUGCCGAUUCUUGAUGUAGACCCUGAAGAGAUCCAGAACAUUUUCUCCCAGCUUGGACAAAUUAUGAAUAUUUCAGGGGGCCACUAUUCAAAGUCAGCUAUGAAAGAAAUAGCAACUUUCCUACACUACAUGGAGAGUGAGUACAAUGUUAAGGUGUGGUUUAAUAACAAAGGCUGGCACGCCAUGGUUUCCUUCAUGAAUGUAGCAAACAAUGCCAUUCUGCGAGCUUACCUGCCACCUCAUGCCAAUCCAUCAGAAUAUGGCAUUACUGUUAUCAACCACCCACUCAACCUCACCAAAGAGCAGCUCUCUGAAGUCACUGUUCUCAACACAUCAGUGGAUGCAGUGGUCGCCAUCUGUGUCAUCUUUGCCAUGUCCUUUAUUCCAGCUAGCUUUGUCCUCUACCUCAUUCAGGAGCGUGUCACAAAGGCCAAACAUCUGCAGUUUGUUAGUGGAGUCAGCCCUUUGGUUUACUGGGUUGCCAACUUCUUCUGGGACAUGAUUAACUACUCUAUCAGCACAGUGAUGGUUGUGGCCAUUUUUGUGGGUUUUGAUAAGAAGUGCUACACAUCGCCCACCAAUCUCCCGGCGCUGGUUGCUUUGUUAUGUCUCUAUGGGUGGUCAGUGACGCCUAUGAUGUACCCAAUGUCCUACGUGUUUAGCAUCCCCAGCACAGCGUACGUUUCCCUAUCCUGCAUCAACCUUUUCAUCGGGAUCAACAGUAGCGCCAUCACCUUCAUCCUAGAGCUCUUUGAGAACAAUAGGUCUCUGCAAAUGUUUAACGAGGUGCUGAAAAAGGUGUUACUGGUUUUUCCUCACUUCUGUCUCGGUCGAGGCCUCAUUGAUAUGGCCAUGAACCAGGCCGUGACAGACGUCUAUGCCCGAUUUGGGGAGGAGUUUACUAUGGAUCCAUUCAGAUGGGACUUUGUAGGGAAGAACCUGGUCUGUAUGGCUGUGGAGGGUUUUGUGUAUUUCCUCUUUAAUCUACUCAUCCAGUACAAAUUUUUCCUUGAUCGCUGGGUGUCCGACUAUGUGAGGGAUCCAGUCAAAGAUGAAGACAAUGACGUAGCUCAGGAGAGAGAGCGUAUUUACAGAGGAGGAAACAAGAAUGACAUCCUUUUGAUCCGAGAUUUGUCAAAAACAUACAGGGCCAGAAAAAGACCAGCAGUGGACAAAAUCUGUGCAGGAGUUCCAGCAGGGGAGUGCUUUGGGCUUCUUGGUGUAAAUGGUGCAGGUAAAACAACCACCUUUAAAAUGCUGACUGGAGACACAGAUGUGACCUCUGGGGAGGCGUCAGUAGCUGGAUGCAGUAUUCUCACCAACAUUCUGGAUGUGCACCAGAACAUGGGCUACUGUCCUCAGUUUGAUGCCAUAGAUGAGCUGCUUACAGGGAGAGAACACCUCUAUCUGUAUGCUCGCCUCCGCGGUAUCCCCGAGUCUGAGAUCAGCAGAGUGGCAGAGUGGGGUAUUCAGAAGUUAGGUCUUUCUGAAUAUGCAGACCGUUGCGCUGGUACCUACAGCGGGGGCAACAAAAGGAAGCUAUCUACUGCUAUUGCCAUGAUUGGCUGUCCUCCUCUGGUGCUCCUGGAUGAGCCCACUACAGGCAUGGACCCUCACUCUCGACGGUUCCUGUGGACCGCCAUUGUGAGUAUCAUCCGUGAUGGGAGAGCAGUCGUUUUAACAUCUCACAGCAUGGAAGAGUGUGAGGCCCUAUGUACUCGCUUAGCCAUUAUGGUCAAUGGGACGUUUAAGUGUUUGGGCACAAUCCAGCAUCUGAAAUACAAGUUUGGUGGUGGCUAUGUUGUCACAUUGAAGAUCAAAGCUCCCAAAGCAGGCCUGUCUCCUGACCUGGUCCCUGCCGAGUCCUUUAUGGAAAAAAGUUUUCCAGGAUGUGUGCAACGAGAGAAACACUACAACACUUUACAAUAUGAAAUUGCCGCUGCCUCACUAGCACGAGUCUUCCAGCUAGUGAUGGCCAACAAAGAGAAGCUGGAUAUUGAAGACUAUUCUGUGUCUCAGACCACAUUAGACCAGGUGUUUGUGAAUUUUGCCAAGCAGCAGUCAGCAGAGGAUGAUAAUGCCCCCCCUCCUCGCAGAGCAUCAGGGCCAAAACGAGAUAAAAAGGUCUCACCGCUACGAAAAGUCAUGAAAAAAAGCAGAUAAAAUAAGCUUAAAUGCUGCAAAAAGACUGUGAUAAAUUAACUCACGGCUAACAUCAUGUAAUACCAUAUUGUUUAUAAAGCUUUCUAAAGCCUUUUAUACAAGUAUCUGUACAUAAAACUUACUGUAUCUCAUUUCGGUUCCAAAAUGUCAUAGAUAUUAUAAAUAUUUUUGACCUCUCCCUGACCUCUCAUUGACAUUGAGUGAUGAUACAAACAACUUGGUUGCUUUUAGUUUUUUUCCCUAAACUAUGAAGUGUGUUUAGACGUUUACACAUUUGUAAAUAUCAGUGUUGCCAUUUUUCUUUUUUGUACAAAUCUUGUUUUAUCGUAUAGACUCAAAGUCCAUCUGCUAAUGCUGUGCCUGUGUAUUUGCCAAUGCACGCACACUCACUGAAACUCUUGAAUGUAAUUUUAACAUACAACUUUGAUAGUGUUAACAUUUUGUACAAUUUUAACAUUAAUAGCAUACUGUGCCCAGAAUCCAUUUGAAAACUGGAUUCUGAACAUACAAAAAUAAUUAGUAGAAUCAAUUGGGUGGUGGGGUACUUUAGCAUUUCUUUAAAGUAAUGUGUCACAUUUUUGCGUUACUUCAAAAAAGUAACUAAUUACAUGAUAGUUACAUUUACUUUUGUUUUGUCAAGGUCAGCUUGCUUGGACUAUCUUUUCAGGAACUGUAGUGCUAUGCUUGGCUUGCUGCUGUUUGUUUUUUGUUUUUUCAAGUGUCUGUCCACCUGACAUCGUCACUUCAGUAGGCCUAACAUGCAAUAAUAAAACAAAUACAUUUAUUUGGCCAAUAAACACUAUUCUGUAAGAACAUUAUUAUUAUAAGUUGUCUUGACAUUUAGCAAUUGAAAAUCAAUUUCCUGAAAACAAAAUAUUCCUGGAAACAUUUUCAUCUGCAAAAUGGAAUAGAAAAAUGAACAAUCAACAUCAGUACAUGAAUGCACUGUGCACGGUGUUCUCAAAAGUGGUACAUUGCACUUGUUACCUAAAGGAGCUAUUUUUAUCUAAUCUAACUCUUAAAAUUAGUUUUGUUGGUUUAACCAUUGUGCUUUUUUUUUUUAUUCAUGUUAAAAAAAAAUGUGUACUAGAUGAUCGUAAGACCUUCACAAUCAAGAACAAGACUCAAAUAUCAAGCAGAUGUUUAAAAUUGCAAGACAUGUACUGUACUCCAUCUGGACAUAACAAAACUUUUUUAAAAGCAUAUCAAAAUAUACAGUAUGUGUGUGCAGAAUUUUCUGUGUAUGAAGGAACACUGUACCUGGAACACAUUGUGUCAUGGCUGUGAAG